AUGUCUACGAUCCCUGCACGGCCGCCUGCCAUCCUGUAUGGCACAGCAUGGAAGGCGGAGAGGACGGCCGAGCUAGUGCACUUGGCUUUCCUUCAAGGGUUUCGUGGCAUUGAUACAGCCGCUCAGCGGAAACACUAUCGGGAGGACCUCGUGGGGCUGGGCGUGCAGAGCGCAUGCAAGGCCCUCGGUCUGAGCCGCAAGGACAUAUGGCUCCAGACCAAAUUUACUCCUAUUAAUGGCCAAGAUAUCCAAGGCCCGAUCCCGUACGACCCGGAGGCCAACGUAGCAGAUCAGGUGUGCUCGAGUUUCAAGCACAGUCUGCAGCAUUUACAUCCAGCCGCCACCCUUCCAGACAUACGCCAACUACUCGUGCAGUACGCCGUGAGCGCCAAAAACGGAUCCCAGCACCAAGAAGCGCCAUUACAGGAUGUGUACAUCGACAGCUACCUCUUCCACUCGCCCCUGUCGACAUUGCCAGCGACACUGGAGGCGUGGAGAGUCAUGGAGGCCCUAGUCGAUGCAGGGCUUGUGCGGUACAUUGGCUUUAGCAACGUGUAUGAUCCCCAUAUUUUCAGCGUGUUGUUUGAAAAAGCACGCAUCAAGCCAUAUGUGCUGCAGAACCGGUGGCAUGCCUCAACGGGCCACGACGUAUCACUAUUAGCGCAGCUCUCGCCUGUACUCUCACCCAACAUGUACCCAUUAUCCCUCGAUUCGAUCGUCGAUGCCCCACGGGGUGUCACGUACCAGCCGUUCUGGACCCUGACCGGCAACCAGCGCCUGCUCCAGUCUGAAUGCGUGGCGCGUCUCAGCUCCCGCAAGGGCCUGACUCCUGCUCAAGUCGUAUAUGCCUUUGUGUCUCAGGGGAUGGGUCUACUUGGUCUAUCUACCUGCGUCCUCAGUGGUACAAAAGAUCCAGCUCACAUGAAGGAGGCGGUCGAAGCUGUGCAAUGCGAGCCCUGGGACGAUGAGGAGCUGGCUUCCAUACGUCGUGACGUGUAUGGUGAAUAG